CAUGUGGAAGCUCCCACCUUGUCAUUGGCUGCAGCAGUCAGGUGACGUGGGUGUCGUCGACGGCAACCCCUCAAGCGCUGGCCAUGUCUACUGCCAGGAGGCAGUGUUCACUCAGAGACAUGUUCACCAGGACAAUGAGAAGAAUACAGGUCACUAUAGUUUUCAAACUCCGGUACAAUCAAACGUCGUCUCUGCCUCACCCCUUCACCUAUCCUCUCUUCCAUCCCAGCCCCCCAGUGGACUGCCACAGCAUGGAGCAGCACCCCUAGUGGUGUUUAGAGGUAUUCCCUUCCUUAGUCCGCUCCAGUCUCGUAGAGGAGGAGGGCAGAGGGGAGUGGAGCGGAUUGGGAGAGGGCUCCACUACAUCCCUCGACCUAUGCUGAAUCCCCAACGCAGGGGAACGGGGCUCCUCUCCUCCCUCAUCCCACCUUCAGCUGGGGAACGAGGGAUGGGAAGGAUGACUAAAGAGGAGAAGGGAUAUUUUUUACUUCCGUGUAUCAACGUGGGUCGAGGGUUCCAGGCUGAGCUGCCAUGUUGUCGAGAGAGGGAGGAGGGGUCAGGGGCGUGGCCAGAAGAAUCAUCAUCCAAUGAGAAGUUGCUCUGGAAACCGUGGGAGGAGCUUCAGAGGAAUUCUGUAAUUCAGGAAGAAGUGGAGGCGGUGUUGUCGUUGUGUAAUUCUAGCUGUCUACCAGGAGGGGGCAGCAACACAGAACUGGCUCUACACUGUCUCUACCUCUGUCAUGGAGAUGCACUGGCCACGUUGGAGAGAUUGUUCUUCUCGAACCCAUCAACAGCAGUAGACUACCAUUACGCUGGUAGUGAUGUGUGGCAGCAGACUGAGAAGUCUCUGUUCAGUAAAGCGUUGACGACCCACGGCAAAGACUUCUCUCUCAUCCAACAAAUGGUUUACGUUCAACUUUCAUAUCAUUCCGUACUGAUUCCUCAUCUGCUGUAUGUACCAAGGAAUUUAUGUUAACCAACCUACUCACCCCUGUGUGUGUGUGUUGCAGGUGCAGACUAAGUGUGUCUCAGUGUGUGGAGUUCUACUAUCUCUCCAGGAAACUUCCUGACAAACAGAGAAAACAGAGGGAGCAGGAACGAGGGACGGAGGAACAGACGAGUGUGGUGUCCCUCCCUAAACCGAUGGAACAGGUGGUACCAGCCCCGUCAUUGGCUACCAGCUUCCCCUGUAAGCAGUGUGGAAAGAUGUUCUAUAAGAUAAAGAGUCGUAACGCCCAUAUGAAGAUCCAUAGGCAGCAGCAGGAUGACUGGAGACACCCCCCAGGCCUCGUCAUCAACCUAGCCCAGAACGUCACCCCCAACCUGGGAACCAAUCUACCCCAGCUCCAGGCUUCAGGUCGGGCCUACCUCCCAGGUCCCAUCAACAACAACAACAGCAACCACCACACCGGUGGCGCUCACACCACCAUCAUCAUCAACAACAACACCAACAACAACAUCAGUGAUCCAAACAUUCCGAACACCAAUACCAUAACCAAUAGCAACAGUGUCAGUGUCAUCGACUCCACCCCUAAUCAGAGAGGACACGCCCCCCUCCUCUCUGUCCAGCAAUCGUGGGACUUGUUUCAGUUGAACUCUAAUCCUGCUGCAGGGUUCUACUAUGACCCAGAAGUGAAAGGAGCCCUGGGGGUCACGGUGGGAGGGGUGAAAGGUCAAGUCCUCUGGCAGUAGAGUUCUAGAAUCAGAAUGAAUAGAACUGACAUGUAUAGGACUACAUUCACAUUUUGCACCAUGAAAAGCAUUUAAAAUAUAUAAAUAUAGUGAGAAAUCUGUAAAUUGUUUAAUACCUAUUUAAAUGUUUUGAAUUUAAAUUUUUAUUAAAAUUGAUUUUUGUA